CACAAAAUCGAAGCAGAAGCAGUAGCAGAAGAACAGAUAGAAGAGAAACAGAUGGGUCGUUCUCCUUGCUGUGAGAAAGCCCACACUAACAAAGGUGCAUGGACCAAAGAAGAAGACCAGCGCCUCAUCAACUACAUCAGAGCCCAUGGUGAGGGCUGUUGGAGAUCUCUCCCCAAAGCUGCAGGUUUGCUGCGUUGUGGAAAGAGUUGUAGACUAAGAUGGAUUAAUUACCUCAGACCUGAUCUAAAAAGAGGCAAUUUUACUGAAGAAGAAGACGAACUCAUCAUCAAACUCCAUAGCUUACUUGGAAACAAAUGGUCUCUCAUUGCUGGUAGAUUACCCGGAAGAACGGAUAAUGAGAUCAAGAAUUACUGGAAUACCCACAUCAAACGCAAGCUCCUGAGCCGUGGACUUGACCCUCAUACCCACCGACCGCUCGGGGCCACCGCCGCCGCCACCACCACCACAACCACCAGCAGCACCACCACCACACCUUAUUCCGACGUAGUCCUCAACUCUUCUUCACCGACACAUGCGCUUCCGCCGGAGAUUAGCGUCAUGAAUUUUAACCAUAACAUCAAGGCCGAAGAAACACAGAGCAACAGCGGAACCACAGAAGAACACCAACAAGAGCAGAGCUCCCGACAACAACAAAGAAAAUACCCAGAACUCAACCUUGAUCUCUCUAUAAGUCUUCCUUUCCAACAAGAGCUACCGUCGGCAAAUACAGCAGAAUCGAAGCAACGGCAAUUGUCUUACCAGGUGUUUACAGCAUCGUCGUCUCUACCGGUUAUCACUCAAGCCAUCUGUUUGUGUUGUCGUUUAGGGUUCCAAAACAGCCAAGCUUGCAAUUGUCAAACCACCAUGAUAACCAAUGGUGUCCACAGGUAUUACAGUCCAUUAGAUUUAUAGAUGUGAU